AUGGAUGGUAACGAUUCGUAUAUUGAUUUUGAUGAUGAUGACGAUUCGCCUGAUGAAGAUAAUGAUGAAUUGGAUGAUGAUGAUGAUUAUGUUGACGGUAUGUAUGAUGAUGAUCAUGAUUUGGAUGAUGAUGAUUAUGAUUUGGUCGAUGCUGAUUAUGAUGUUGAUGAGAAUGAUGAUGAUUUGAAUGAUGAUUUGUUUGAAGAUGAUGUUGGUUUGGAUGAUGGUAAUGAUGAGGAUGACUCAAUUGAUGAGUUGGAUUAUGAUUUGGAUGAUGAUGAUGAUGAAGAUUUGGAUUUGGAUGGUGAUGAUGUUAUGGAUGAUAAUUAA